GCAACGUAAAUCGAAGCGGUGUCAUCGAGACAGGGAAAAAGUCUCGCUCUUCUUUAACAAGCUUGGCAAUUAAGAUCUUGGUGUCGCCAGAGCGUUUCCAUCGUUGUUGUAACUUUGUAUAUCAAGUUUAUGUUAGCUCUGCAGACUCUUUGGCUGCUCUAAUUGAUUAGUGAGGAUGUUCUCUAUUCAGCCACUUUUAUGUUGUUUAUUUGCUAUAGUCUCAACGACUUCCCUGACUCCGGCGACAGCGGCGGAGAUAGACCUUUUUGAGGUUUUUGGCAUCAAUUCCAACACGGAAGGCGUAAAUCAAGUUCAGGGCCUUAUUAGAGAGACUGGUAAUGCUUUCAAAAUCGGAAAACACCUGCCUAGAAUGGAAUUGUCGAGGCAAGUCUUAGACACAAUCAGACGAAUGUUGAUCAAAGAAAGACAAAUUGUUGUCGUUGCAAACUUGAAGGUCAAAGAUUUUUCACAUGGAACACUUUUCUCGAUGGACGCCAAGAUCUCAGGGAAAACUUUACUUUCCGUAUGGAUAAGCUGUUAUCGGACUUGUCGGCUGGGCAUAACCUACCAAACAUCAGAGUUGAAAAUCCGGGAGGCUUCAUUUCACCAUAUCGGAGCGUUAUCUGAUGGUAAAUGGCACAAAAUCGCAUUGCACAUUUUCCCGCACAGUCAUCCCAAGAAAACACUUGCGGGUCUGUACGUGGAUUGCAAGAUGCAGGGCCGAAGACAGCUGCUAACGCAGAUAGAGGAAUUUUUCCCAUCUUCCUCAAAAAUUUCUCAGGAUAUCGUUUUCCUAUUUGGGAGGAGAAGUGGAAAGACAGACAGUGCAAUGCUAACUUGGAAGGGAAGCCUUCAAAACGUCAAGUUUGUGUUUGACAAGCAAGUGGAAGAGUUGAUGAACAGCACAAGUUGUCUGUCUCCCAGUCCAUCUGAUUUGCUGGAGGGUGAAGGGGAACUCUUUUCUGCUGGUUCCUUGUACUCUCCCCAGAUACGAGGCCAGCCUAGGACGCUAUCGCUGGCAGCCCCGGGGGCGCCUUCCUUGCAGUAUUCCACUCAAGAUUUGAUGAUGGUCCUGGUCAACAUGCAGAAAGAGGCACAGAGACGGGAAGAGAGUCUCCAGAGAUCACUGCUGCAUGUGAAGGAGAGAUUGCAGUCCCAAUCUGACGACCUGACGUCAAUUAAGAAAACUCUUGAAAGCGGUGUUUGCUCCAGAAGGGCUUUCUCGCCAGGAAGAGAAAAUGUGGACAAGUGUUCCUUGAAGCCUUGUUUCCCGUUUGUUGAAUGUGUGAAUACGCCUGGUGACGGGCUUGGGUUCAAGUGUGGCGAGUGUCCGCCGGGAUACACUGGGGACGGGAUGAGAUGUGAUGACGUUGAUGAGUGUCUAUAUUCGCCCUGUUCACCGCAUGCCACUUGCACCAAUCUCCAGCCGGGCUUUAAGUGCAGUGCAUGCCCUAAAGGAUUUCUGGGUAAUUCUACCGUGGGCAUCGGCAGGGACUUUGCUGAACACAUCAAACAGCUUUGUCACGACGUAGAUGAAUGCAAUGACGGUAGAAAUGGCGGUUGCUCUGUUUUUUCAACAUGCGUUAAUACACAAGGAAGCUAUUCUUGUGGUGCAUGUCGGGAUGGAUAUGUCGGAGAUCCUCACAGUGAAUGUGUUCGCGUCAAGUUUUGUUCAGGUGAUCCCAAGACAAAUCCUUGCGGCCGAGGAGCGGAAUGUAUACCAACCAAGGAAGGAGCAGCUUUUGAGUGCAGGUGUAAACCUGGCCUGGCUGGAAAUGGAUUCGUGUGUGGUAAUGACCAGGAUAUGGACGGAAUUCCGGAUGAGAAGUUAAGCUGUACUGGAGAUCCUCGUUGUAUGAAGGACAACUGUAGAAAUGUUCCAAAUUCGGAACAAGAAGACGUGAACAAAAAUGGUGUGGGAGAUAUGUGUGAAUUGGACGUGGAUGGUGACAGAUUGGCAGAUUUCAGGGACAACUGCCCGCAUGUUUUCAAUAGAAAUCAGAGGGACACAGAUCGUGACGGGAUCGGGAAUGAUUGUGAUAACUGUCCAGACAUUCCGAACCGUGAACAAAAUGACGCGGAUAGUGAUGGGAUAGGGGAUGCUUGUGACCCUGACAUAGAUGGAGAUGGCCUCAGAAAUAUCUUCGAUAAUUGUCCUGCGGUUCCAAACAGAAAGCAAGCAAAUAAGGAUGGUGACGCUUUCGGAGACGCGUGUGACAACUGCCCCUUCACACCCAAUAGUAAUCAAAAUGACAAAGAUAAUGACGGCUGGGGAGAUGCUUGUGACGUAGAUCGCGACUAUGACAGUGACGGCAUAGAGGACAAGUUUGAUAAUUGUUUGAGUCAGGAAAACCCAGAUCAACUGGAUGCUGAUCAGGAUGGAAAUGGUGAUCCAUGCGAUAGCGAUGACGAUGGAGAUGGGGUACCUGAUUACAGGGACAACUGUCGACUGGUGUUUAAUGUCGAUCAAAAGCAAACCAAAAGUGAUACAUACGGCGAUGCUUGUAUCGAAGACUUUGACGGUGAUGGUGUGCACGAUAAAGAAGAUGCCUGUCCAGUCAACCCCAGAAUAACGCGAACGGACUUCUCUUUGUACCACACUCUGGCUAUUGACCCUGAAAGCACCAAACAAGAAAGGCCCAUCUGGAAAGUCAACAAAAAGGGCAAUGAAAUACAGCAAGCUGUGAACAGUAUCGCGACAAUGCUUAUUGGAAAGCAAAUAUUCCGUGACGUGGAAUACAGUGGUACGUUCUUUGUGAACACAGAAUCUGAUGACGACAUCAUAGGCAUUGUCUUUGGAUACCAAAGUCCGAAAAAAUUUUUUGUGGCCUCAUGGAAACAGAAGAGGCAAAUCUACUGGGACACUAGACCGAUAAGAGCGACGGCAGAGUCAGCUGUCAAUAUCAAGAAAAUUAACUCUAUAAGUGGUCCGUCGCGCAUGCUGCGGAAUGUUCUUUGGCACACGGGAAACGUCUCACAUGAGGCGACUCUUCUUUGGAAAGAUCAACAGAAUGGUCACGGCUGGCAUGAUAAGACAGCUUACCGAUGGCAACUGGUUUAUAUGCCGUCGAAAAGUACCAUGAGGUUAAAAAUUUGGCGAAAGUACAACAAGCUAAUGAUGGAUAGCGGUGUGAUAAAAGAUCCUGAUAUUCGUGGAGGUAAACUCGGCGUGAUGUGCUUUUCACAAGAGAAUAUCAUCUGGUCUGCGAUAUCUACACGUUGUCUGGAUCCGCUAUAUUAGAAGAACUCUUACCUGCUUGGAUUAAGACAAACACUGGAUAAAAUCUUUGGAGAGGUCUUGAUAGUUCAAUUAUAUUUUAAACGAGUACAAUUUAUUGUUACGAAGAGAGUAGCCUUUGCCGUGGACCUGUUGAAAUAACUCAUCAAGUGUCGACUAUUGUGUCACUGGACAAGACUAUGACAAGGCGAUGCUGAUCACAUGGGAACUUUGCUCUCAAGUUCCAGCAUUCAAUUGGUGUUCACGUGAUAGUUCACACGCUCUCAGGCAAUGGAGAAACGGACUCGUACUCCGAGUUAGAAAUUCGCGCGAGUAGCGAGGAAGGCCUCACCUCGAGGUUAGAAAUUCACGCGAGUAGCGAGGAAGAAAGCCUCGAUUUAUCAGCAUGAAGCCACCAUAUCAAUUUGAAUGAUAAGUAUUCUAGUACAGUUAGCUUAGAACCGUAUUAAGAUUUUCAGUAAGGCUCAGGUAAGGCCACAAAAUAAUUGUUAGGUAUUAGAACGACAAGUUAUUUUUUUUUAUUUUUUGGCAAACUAGAACAAUCCAGCAUGAAACAGUGGGAUAGGUAACUGUACCUCUAUUUAUAACUAUACCAAGAUAUGCUCCCCCUAUGUAUUUGUAUAUAAAAGCAAAAGAGAAUGUUUGACAUCUUUAAAAA